CGGGUGUCGACUUCCGGAUUUUUUGUCGACGACACCACAACAAAAACAACUGCCCUAUUUAAUAGUUUUUAUUCUAAUGAGUUUAGUUAUUAAUGGGUAAUAUUCUCACGUUACAAGUUAUCAUUGUGGAAGAAUGUACACAAUUAUUAUUUGAAAUCCUGAAACAGGUAAUUUAUUUUUGCCUACACUAAGUUAGUCGCAAAAUGUUUUACUGAGUGUUGGCGUUGGCCUGUGUGACUGUGUGCAGUGACUGCACUACUUCAAUUCACUGUUUUAGUUUUAUACCUUUACCUAGGUUACCAGUAACAUAUCUUUAUCGGUAGUGAUUAGGUUAGGUGUAUGGGUUUUGCAAAGAGUUAUCUCACCUUAGCGCAUUGAUGUCACUUUGGGGAACCCAACACUCAACUGAGGGUGAUAACUUUCCCACGCAAAUGUUGCGGUGGUGGCGCCACAAUGAGUUUCAGUUUCAAUGUAGAAUUACUAGGAUUUUCUCCAUUUUGUUUGUUUAUUCUUGGCUUUACUAGAGUUUCCUUUUUUUUAAAGUUUUAAAUUAGGUGCGGAGGGGGGGGGGGAGCUCAUUAAGCUAAAGCUCCAUUUCAAGAACUUUUUGUUUUUCCCUUUGAAAUAAAUAUUUUUAAAUUCACAACACAUCUUACUUUAAGUACAAAAGUUUUAAUAAACAAAAUUUAAAGCCUUAUAGUGAAAAAAGGUUGAAAAAAAAUUAUGCAUACAUUUCACAUAAGUUGUAGGCAAUACUCACAAGCUUGUGUCAAUAGCAUCCUUGUUUAGAGGGAAAAUGCCAUUUCCCCUGAAACUAUUCUUCACUCACUCUACUGUGAAAGUACUUUGGAAGAGGGUGCGCAACAGGCCAGGAAAAGUUUUCUUUGAUACUGGCCCAAGUGUGUUCUUGUAUUUUUCAACAGCAGGCUCUGCCACUUGAUUUUCACUGGCCGGAACACUGAUGUAUCCAGUGGUUGAAAAAGAUGGGUUGGAUGAGAGGGCAGGCAUAGGAGGAUGACACGGUUAUUUUUUGCAGACUCAAUAAGAGGCAAGCUCACAUGUGAGGCAUGUCUAUCAAAUAUGAGGGCUCGGGGUGGCUUUCAAUAUGCUUUGUGUUCUUUAGAAAAAUGUUGUGAAACCAGUCCAAAAACUGUGGUGAUUCCAUCCAGCCCUUCUUACUUGAUGUGUAGGCAGCUCCAUCAGCGCCACCCCGUACCCAGUCGCAGUACAGAUUUUUUCCAUUGUACACCACAAGGUGACAGUACCUGGCAGCUUGCGGAGCAUGCACAAUUUACAGUAACUUACUCACCUCCUGAGCCACCUAUGCUCUGGGUAACCCAGCAGCACCUUUUUGUGCUAACAUAACUUGGGUCUUCGAGUCAGUGACGAAACCCGUUUCUUCGCAGUUGAUUAUUUGACUUGGUAGGCCGCUAAUUCCAGCAUCUUGCAAAGUCCUCUUGAGCAAUUCAAACCAUUUCUUGAUGACCUCAGGGUCCUCAGCCUUGGCUCUGGCAUUGCUAAGGUGUUCUGUAUUUCUUGGGACCACUAUAAUAUCAUUGGGCUGAGUGGAAGACAUCACCACCCCUUUGCUUACAGUUAACCUAUUACUACCCAUUUUCAGCAUUUUGAUAUGCUUUUCUAAAAUAACAAAAUCCUGUACAAAAGAAAUUCAGAGACCCUGUGUACGCUUUCUGUAAGUACUUAAGGGGGGUAGGCUGCCAAAAAAAUUUUUUUUUUUAAUCAAUCAACUUAGAGCAACUAUUUUACUAUGGUCAUAUUUAGCUAUGAAUGGGGAUAUAUUUUCAUGGUUUAAAUUUUUUAUAUAUAUAUAUAUAAUUGCCAUAGCAACGGCGGCCACCUUGAAAAUAAUACCCAUUCGUAGAGUUCUAAAAUUUUAAAAACAAACAUACAUAUUGCUUUAAAAAAUGAUUGAUUCAUGAACUUCAAGUAUAUUUAGAGGUACUGAACUAGUUUAAUUUCCUUCAAACUUUUCAACAAAAAAAAUUUUAAUUUUUAAAAUUUGUCUCGGCAGAACACGCUUAAAAAUUUACAAUCCUAGGAAAAUAAAAAAAAAUAUUUAAAAAAAAGAAAUUGACCAAAUUGACUUUUGUAUAGCUCAUUACCCACAAAAUAGUUAAAAGGAAGAUACCCACCAAAUUUUAUUGCUCUAGCUUUUAUAUUAGCACUGAGAUUUUAGAAUUCUACGUUACAAAACAACAGAAAAAUACAAUUUUGAUAAAAAUCAAUUUUAAACUUUAAAAGUGAAUAAUUUUAAGUUUAUUAUAAUAAUGAAGUUCUUUUACAUAUUUUUUUUUUGUUCAGCAACAUGGACAUGGGGAUUUAUAUUUUAUUUAUUUGGUUUUAAAUACAUUUUAUAGUAAAGCCAAAGAUUGUGUUAAUAUUUUGUAUUACUUUAGUUUUAUGUAAUAUAAAAAGGUGAACAAAAAUUUGAAAAUACAAUUAGCUUUGAAAUUAGUAAGUGGAUAUGUUUCAUGUGGCCAUAAAUCUAAAAUCCCUCAAAGCUUGUUUAUCACCAUAGUAGGCAAAGAAAAUUCAAUGAUUGAAUGCAGUAUUCAUUCCAAUUUUGACUGCCUUAAGAUUUAUCCCACCCUUUUUCUUUCAAAUUUUAAACUUGUAUGUAUUAUACAGCUACUUCUUAAAAUAUUAAGAGUAGCAAAAUUACUGGGCUAGUGACAUUGUCAGUUAGAAUCUUAAGGCAUUAGAGCUUCAGGUGGUAGAGAAAAUCAACUUAGCGUAAUGUUAUAUGUUUAAAAGAAAAUAAGAAAAUGAUGAGUUAAAAAUGUCAGGUACAAUUUGCUCAACUGAAAUACAGCUAAUUAAAUUGGUGUAGAAGAGUGCAAUACUUCUGUUCUUCUAUUUAUACUACUCCUGUUAAUUUUUAUCUUAAAAAUUCAAUAAUCUGAUAAAAAAAAAUUUCCCUGAAUUCCAGUGAAAGACACCUACUGGAGUUGUUUUCAACCAAGCGUGACUGUCAGAGCUGUGCAAACCUUUACCAUGGACAUUUUUUUGGGUGGAUUUUAUGUCUUGACUAUUUUGUGUGCUCUUUUAUACCUUGCAACUAGAGCUGCACUCCCUGCUGUUACAGAUGCUGCCUUUAGUGUCUUUCAACGAACAUACCUUGUCGUAUACCUCCUCGCAAUGGGUAAGACUUUGUUUUAAGAAAUACUUUAACAUAUUUCUUGUUGAAGUCUGUACAUUUAAGUCACUUAGUGUAUGUGCUUAUUUCAACAUGAAAUUUGCUAAAGAAGUAAGUUAUUCUGACUCCAAAAUGUUUUUUUUAAAUUUUGAAGACGUGUAGUUCUUUAUUAAAAUAUGUUAAUCUACUAUUCAGUUCCUGCAUAUAAACGCAAUGAAAUGAAAUCUAAUGUCUGAUUGAAUGCAACUUUUUCAGGUGGGGACUGGCUACAGGGACCUCAUGUCUAUGCCUUGUAUGAAAGUUAUGGGAUGACAACUGAACAGAUUGAUAUCUUGUUUGUGGCAGGAUUUGGAUCAAGCAUGAUAGUAGGAACACUUGUGGGAUCUAUUGCUGAUAAAUAGUAUGUUGCUUUAAUAAGUAUUGCCCCAUUGUAAACAAAAAAUAUAUAACCUAGUUAUCUUUCAGGGAUAUGUAAAAAGCCAGAACUUCAAUAAAUCAAUAUUUCAAUCCAAACAGGCUAUUUUUAAACAAAAUUUUCUUAGUACUGAUUGAUAAAAAAAUCUGACUGAAAAAUCUUGUGAAGUGAGCCUGUUAUUGUGAGAAUGUUACAACCUUAAUGUCAGCCUUGGCUUUAAUUGAAAUCUUUGUGUUAAAAAUAUUGAUUUUCAGUGGCUUUACAUUAAUCAAUAUUCUGUGAAUCAGUUUGACAUUCAGUAGUCUGAUUAUAGGAAGAAUUUUAAAAGGAAUACUAUUACAUAGACUAUGUUUGAUUAUGAAUAUAUGAUAUUUAGUAACAAAAUAUAAAAUAGAUCAUUGCUGAAAUAUAUAAAUGUAUAAAGAAAUCAUAUAAUGAUUGAAAUGAAUAGCUCCAAUCUUUUUAUAACGGGACAAUUGAAUGUAAAUCAAUUUUGGUUUUCAGCACUAUACUAUUAUCUAAUAAAGUCACAAUGGAGAUGGCGCGGAUGGGUCGUCGAGCGCGAGCUCAUAAUACACCCCCCACACAGGUCAACGCCGGGUCUCCCCACACCCAGACUGUGCUGAAGCACGUCUGGAACCUACCCCCCACCUGGCCUGGGGGACGUCUGGUCGACUGAAAAUGCUGCGUUUAAAGCAAUCGCGGUCCACUCUCCUUGGGUCUGAACGGCUUUGCUUCCUCUCCGGGGUAAAUGUGUUGCAUUACCUCCCCCCACCGUCCAGGGAGUUGUCCGGUCGGGACGAAAGCUGGGAUGAAACGGUUGUCUAGGUGCAGCUUUCUCAGGGCCGCGUAGCUAAAAUCAUCGGUAUGGGUUUUAACCGCCACCCAGACCUCAUAUACAUUAAAGGCAACAAGUAAUCAUGAUAUUGCAUUACUUCCGUUGCGUUGGAAGUCAUGCAUGUGGCUGGGGUUUUUGGCUUUGGGAGGGGAAUGUCCCUACUAGUCAGGCAUGCCACGAAGAGGCAAACCCCAUGUGACACCUCCGAGUGGCCUCAGUGGUCCGGGACUCUGGCUUAGAGGCGUUCAGUCAUCGUCACUCCUGCUAUAAUAUUAUCAAAGUUUCACUAAUUUUUUAAGAAUGGGAGUAAAAAUUUUUAUAGCUUUUGGGGAUAUCAUAAAAACCAUAUCAUAAAAAAUCAAUAAAUUACUGUAUCACACUUAUUAAAUAGCAUAACUUUCAAGGGUAAAAUAAUCCUGUAAUUGUUUUCUUAUUUAUAGAGAAUAGAUGUAACAUUAUUAAAAUAUUGAAAAUAAAGUCAUAAUAUAAAGCAAUUUAUUUUUCAAUUUUUUAGUGGCAGAAGAACAAAUUGUAUGCUGUAUGGUGUCUUAUAUGGUGCUGCCUGCAUCACCAAGGUAAGUUACAGCUGUACUAUUUUUACAUGAAACAAAUUGAGUAAUAUCAACUUUCUUGUUAAUUGUUUGACAGGGAUCAUUCUCAGACGUUUCUUUUUGUCAUUUUCAGCAUUUUGGUAAUUUCUGGAUCUUAAUGAUUGGUCGCCUCCUAGGUGGCACAGCCACAUCCAUAUUGUAUAGUGCCUUUGAGUCCUGGCUUGUCUAUGAACAUAAUAAGGUACAGUGUGAAUGCAUUGUAAAGUUAUAAUCCUAUGCAAUGAAUGUCGAUUUAUUUCAAAUUUAUAUUAACUGAAGGGUCUUGUGACGUGCUUCCUUGCAUAGUAUUAAAAAUGAGCAUACAUUUGUUUUUUCUUUACCCAGAGAGGCUUUGACAGCAGCUUGCUGGGAAACAUCUUUAGCUUGGGUGUUCUUGGCAACUCUGUUGUCGCUAUUAUAGCUGGUUUAAUAGCCCAGAGGUUUGCUGAUGCAUUUGGAUUUGUGUAAGUGCAUGGAAACUGCCUGCAACAUGAGCUGAUUAUUAUUUUACUUUAUGCAAUAGUUUAGAUUAGUGUAAGUUUAAAUGCUAAUUGGAGAAACUAAGAACAACCUUACUGACCUUUAAGAAUACAUCCUGGGAUAAUUUCCUUGAAAUCAUCCAAACACAUGGAAUAGGAAGCAUAUUUUUAGGUUAUCACUUUAUGUAAUUGUCAGAUUAAAGUAGAUGAAUGAAAAUGUACUCCAUAGAAUGCAUUGGUUAAUCUUCUGUUUCAUAGACUUGUUUUACUUGUGCUUAAGGGCUCCUUUUGAUGUUUCCUUGGUGGUGCUUACUUUGAUGGUCAUCAUAAUCACCAUGACUUGGACAGAGAACUAUGGGGAUAAAACUAGUAACAUCUCUCAUUCUUUUGGAACAGCACUAAAUGCCAUCAGACAAGGUACUUAUCCACUCAACAUUUGAUUCACUGCAUGCAUGCUGUCAACUCCUAUAGUCUUCUUGGAUUGAUUACAUUCGUCAAGUUCUUUUCACACGUUGAAGCGUCGUACUAUUCUCACUAUCAUCGAACAAACUCAACUCCUUUUUAUGAUAACUAUAACUUUAAUGUAUAAGUAAAUAUAAUACACAUAACACUUGAAUAUAGCGCAGCUCGCUAUCAGACCUAAAUAAUACACAUCCUAUCACUCCAAAGUUCCACUCAAGACUGCCGCACGACUAAAACAUACGUCACAAUACUGCAUAGACAAUACGUCACGAAUCAGCAUAAAAAUAUGUCAUAGAGACAAUGGUGGGAAGAGCGUUCACUAACUAUAAUAGUCAAGCGCGGGAAAAGCGUUCAACAACUAAUGAACAUAAUAUUGAGUCGCAACAAUUACUAAUGAACGCUCAUACUCGACACAUGCAUCUAGCAAUGGAUCUAUUAGAGCCAAAUGACAUUUUAAUGAGCUAUUAAUUUCCAGCUUUGGAUCAUUGCCAAGAUAAUUUCAGUAGUUUUUUUGUUUUAUUUCCUUCACUUUUAUUUUCAUAUUUAUAAUUAUAUUUUGCUAUUGACUUAACAUUCUAUGUACCAAACUUUUUAAAAAAAAUAUUUAAAAAAAAAAAUGUCUUAUGAAAGUUUUAUUUUAUCAAACUUUUUUGUAAAAAAUCUACUCAAGAUUUGUUUCUCUUUUUACCAUUGACAUAGAAUUCCCAGUACUACCAAUGCCUUCUUUCAGAUCACAAAGUCCUCUGCCUUGGUUUGAUCCAGUCACUGUUUGAAGGUGCUAUGUACUGUUUUGUGCUAGAGUGGACACCAUCACUUAGUAUUAUUUACAAGUCCAAGGUUGGGACCAGUGACGUAGACGAGGUGCACACAGAUAUCCCACAUGGUCAUAUAUUUGCUGCAUUUAUGGUAAGUUAGUGAUAAUAUUCUAACUAGAGACCAGAAGGCUUGGAAAGAAAUUUUCAAUGGCCUAAGGCCUAUGAUCGACUAGGAGUUGAAAAGGCAAAGAAGAAGUGAUUUAUUUUUAAUGUUAGCCACACUUUUGAUAUAUUAGUCAUAUUUAUGGCAAUUAUUGAUAUAUUUGCUAUAUCAAUUGUGUUAGUAUGGGCUAAGGCAGGGGUUCUUAAUAUUUUAUGAUGAGCUACCUCAUCUUGAUUUAAAAUAUAUUUCCUGCACCCCCCACAAUAAAAAUGCUAAUAAACCUGAUUUUGUUGGCCUUCUCGCUCCCCCUACACUGCAGGCUGCCCUGGUUAAGAACUCCCAGGGCUUGAGGAAUGUGUUAGUCUGUGUGAACAAGAACCUAGUUUCAGAGCAGUACAAGCAUUCUUAUGAUCUAUUGCUUUGAUAGUUAUGGUUAUCUAAAGGUAAAGAGUUAGGAGUAGGCGGGCCCAAUAACUGUGUUUCUGUAAUGCUUGUCUGGUUGAUGGGACCAUGUCUUUAUUCUGUGAUCAUAGAGAUUUCUUGUUCGACACUUAGCUAGACUUUGAAGCUGCAUUCGUGUCUGAUGUAUAAAUCUGUAUCCCUCAAAUUAGUUGGAAAUUGUAAUAUUAAGUUAAUGUACAUGUUUUCCAUUUCCUUGAACAGGUGUCUUUGAUGAUUGGAUCUUCUUUGUUUAAACUUUUAAAUAAAUACACGUCAGCGGAGUCUUUUAUGAGGUGAGCUGGGGCUGCACAGUGUGUGAUUUAGGCUUAGAGAAACUCUGAGGGAUAGAUGGUGAAUGGUUAUAUCUGAUGUUAUGUGUUCAAUAAUUGGAUUUAUAUUUUAACCCUCAUCAUGCUUAUUUAUAACUAAGGGAAAUUUUCAACGUAAGUAGUAAUUCAUGUUAAUGUUACAGUCACUGAAUUCUUCCAAGCAUCAUCAGUAUGUUAUAGAUAUUUUGAUCUCUAUUUCUUACUUGAACAGAUUUGUGUUGGCUGUGGCAGGUCUCAGUUUGAUGACUCCUAUAUUUUUUAAGGGGGUGAGUUUAUUUGCUGUGUUUCACGAUCCUAUUUGGUUUUUACGUGUACAUAGUGCAUCCAACUAAUUUUGAAUUACAUUUAUCUAAUGACUUUAUAUGAUAGUCCCGGACAAUGAAAGUUUUCAAAACACGGAGUUUGUGCAAAUUAUUUUUUUCUAGAUUUCACUGUUUACACUUGCAACCAUUAAAAUUGUAAGGAGUAAAUAUAAAUAAUUUUACAGAUCUCAAUUAAAUUUAUUUGAAGUAGGUUAAAUUGUCAUGACUUAAAGUCCAGUACUCUUGAAGUUACUAUUGAAUAAUUUAUUUAUUUCAGAACCAACUGAUCAUUUUUAUUGGUUUCCUGGUGUUUGAAACUUGUGUUGGCAUCUUCUGGCCAUCCAUGGGGACAAUGAGAGGGAAAUAUGUGGCAGAGGAAAGUAAGUGCUUCUAGCUAUCAGUUAAAUACAACAACAUACAUAUUGUUGUAGAUGCUCUCAAUAAAAUAUGUGACAAAGAAAAUAUUAUUGCCGAUAGAUCUCUGUAAUUGCAAUAAUUACCAUAAAUAAAAUUGUUUAUUCUUGUAUACUAGCCCGUGCCACCACCAUGAACAUAUUCCGCAUUCCAUUGAACAUGAUAGUUGUGAUCAUUUUACUUCAGGUGAGAAAUCUUUUAAUGCACUAGAAAUUUCCUGUCCUUGAUCUCGUGCUUUUUUUUGUGGUUUUUUUUGUGUGUUUUUUUUUUGUGUGUGUUGUAUUUAAUUACCCGUGAUCCAACUUCCUGAUCAGGAAUUUAGUUGCUUCUCAGAGAAAAGCUAAAAUAUAUUUAUGUCCUUUCAUCUUAAGUCUUAGUUUGAUGUAAUUAAUAUAUGACAUACUAAUGACAUAUAUCAAGUUUGAUGUAAUCAAUAUAAGAAAUAAUGAAAAGUAUCAAGUUUGGUAUAAUCAAUAAUGGAAUACCUCAAGUUGAUGUAGUCAUUAUGUGACACAAUCAUGAAAUAUAUCAAGUUUGAUUUCAUAAAUAUAUGAGAAAUAAAUAUAUCAAGUUUGAUGUAAUCUUUACAUAUGACAUAAUAAUGAAACAUAUCAAGUAUGGUGUAAUUGAUAUAUGACAAUGAAAUAUCUCAAACAGUUAUGUAAUGAAAAUAAGACAUAAUGAAAAAUAUCAAGUUUGAUAUAAUGAAAUAUCUCAAGUUUGAUUUAAUAACUAUAUGACACAAUGAUAAAAUACAUGGUGUUUGCUUUAUUCCUAUUUUAUAAUUGUUCCUAUUUUAACAUAUCUCAACCAAUAUUUUACUGGACUGCAAUUUGAUGGUUUUUUAAAUUACAACCAAACACAUCCUUAUCUGCUUAUUUAGUUCAAUUUUGAAUAAUUUUUAUAAAAAUUUAUAUUUUUCUAUGCACGCAGAUGAUAGGUUUUAUUUGCGAUACAGUUACAGAUAAUUAAAGUAUAGACAUAAAAUUUAAUAUUUCAUUUACUUACCGAUAGUGCUUGAAAGUAACAACGUCUUUCAUUAAUAACUUUAAGAAAUCUUUUUGCUUUAUGCAUCUUUUUUUGUCUACCCUUUGACAGCAUCUAGACAGAGACACCAUCUUUGAAUUCUGUGCAUUUUUCCUCAUGGUUGCUGUUGUUUGUCAGCAGUGGCUAUACACGUGAGUUACUUAUGUUGUGCUUCCAGUGGGGUCAGUGGUAGGGAUGUAGAGAUGGACUUACUAGACAAGAGAACUCUGUAGGUAAUAAGACAUGGAUUAACUCAUGAGUUGGGGAUAGUUGGCGUGUUUCAGGUAGUUUUUUAUAAAUUUAUUAUUUUUGUUGCGCAAAGCACCUUUUCUUUUCCCAUCAACUUUGCAUGGAUAUAAAGUUCAAUUAAAUAAUCGCUAUUUUUGCAAUACAAAAUUUAUUCAUGGAUUUCUUUCUUCUUAUUGUAAAAUUUAAAAAAUGAGUACCAAGCAUCAAAACAUCUCCACGGUGUUAUUUAUAUACAUGCAAGUUUUUGGUUACAGAUUUAGAUUAUUAAAUACAUUUAUAUAUGGCUGCUGGAACAAAAAUUCCUCUUUUUUUUUUACUUCAAAGUCUUGGCACAGAUCUGUUCCCUUUACGAAAUGUAGGAAAUUACCAGAUUUUUUUGUUAGUGUUAUUUAGGGCUUGCAACACUGGAGUUACCCCCCAAAAACUAAGGAAAUAGUUUUUAUGAUGUAUAUUAUUGGUAACACAAAAUAAUUUUUAAAAAAAAUAAAGAAAACAAUAUUUAUGCAUUUCAAACCAAUAAAAGCUCUGAUAGCCUGGAUGUAAUCCCACUUUUUUUAAAGGGGGAGGGGUUGUUUGCCAAAACCAUUUUACAGGGGGGGUGGGGGGGCAUUUCACUGGUGGUUGAUAUUUUAAAUUCUUAGCCCUCAAUGUGUAAGUGUAUAAUGGAAAAUCACAAUUUCUUUCCACUGUCAAAAUCGCAAAUAAUUCUCAAAAUGUUCUAAUGGGCUUCUCAAUAUUUUUUUUUUUAAGAGGUGAUGGAUUUCAAAGUGCAAUUUAGUUAAAUCUGAAUGAAGGCAAUUAUAAAUGUUGGGGUGAUGUGCUCAAAGUCCCAUUUCAUUUGGGGUUCUCUUGCAUGAUUAAUGGUCUGAUCUUUUUGGUUUAAUGUUCUUAGUAACAGCUGAAAAGAUCUGCUUGAAAUUGUUUUAGUUUCUGUUAUACUGUUAGUUUCACAUUUGCCACUACAUCAGUAUCUGUACCUCACUAACUUUACAUCACUAUCUUUACAUCACUAUCUUUACAUCACUGUCUUUACAUCACUAUUUUUACAUCACUAUCUUUACAUCACUGUCUUUACAUCACUGUCUUUACAUCACUGUCUUUACAUCACUAUCUUUACAUCACUAUCUUUACAUCACUAUCUUUACAUCACUAUCUUUACAUCACUAUCUUUACAUCACUAUCUUCACAUCACUAUCUUUACAUCACUGUCUUUACAUCACUGUCUUUACAUCACUAUCUUUACAUCACUGUCUUUACAUCACUGUCUUUACAUCACUGUCUUUACAUAACUGUCUUUACAUCACUGUCUUUACAUCACUAUCUUUACAUCACUAUCUUUACAUCACUGUCUUUACAUUACUAUCUUUACAUCACUGUCUUUACAUCACUGUCUUUACAUCACUGUCUUUACAUCACUAUCUUUACAUCACUAUCUUCACAUCACUAUCUUUACAUCACUGUCUUUACAUCACUAUCUUUACAUCACUAUCUUCACAUCACUAUCUUUACAUCACUGUCUUUACAUCACUAUCUUUACAUCACUAUCUUUACAUCACUAUCUUUACAUCAAUAUCUUUACUUUAAUAUCUUUACUUUAAUAUCUUUAUUUUAAUAUCCUUACAUCAAUAUGUGUAUCUCACUAUCUUUACAUCAAUAAUUUUACAUCACUUCUUUCAGGACAACUCAUUUGUAAUAUAAACUGAUAAUCAUAACUACGUUAAAGCCGAUUUAUUGCUAAAACUGACACAAAGUUUACUCUUUGAUAAAUUAAGAAAUUCCGUACAUGGUGGCGUUCAUGGUGGCAUACAGAGUGGCGCCCAAGAUGGUGCAGUAUUGAAAUGAAUGUGCUUGCUGCUAAACUAUUGUCUGCCAAAUGGCCGUUAUCAAACAGACCUGGGGCAGAUCAUUAUAAACCCCUAUUCACAAGUUCAAGUAUCUUGAAUGCUAUUUUUAUUUUCAAGUGUGUAGUCCAGGCCCAGCUCCAGUAUGACAUCACAUGUAUUGAACAAUGCCUCCAUACUUGCAAGCCCUACUUAACAGAAGAACUUAAUCGUUGAUGUUUUUUUUUUCUCAUUAUACGAGUGCUUCUCAAACCACAAUUCUCAUGGCAGAUACAACCAGCUUACACAUUGCUCUUAAUUAAAUUUAAUAUACCACUGUGCUGUGCUCACUGUAUUGUGCUCCUCUCCUCACUUCUAGCAACUGUACAUCAAAUCUUGAAUGGUCAAAUGAAACAAAACAACCGUACACCACAUUGACCAUUCACUUACACACACAUGCAGUAAACUACGAUUGACUUGUUUUAGAUCUCAAGUUCAUCAUCCACGUAUACAGUAAACUAAUAACUCACUAACUGCAUCAUAAGCUCACCGUCCACAUACUCAGUGAAACAAAAUGUCUGUGGCAUGAUCCCAAUUUUGAACUUUUACUUUGACUUUCAAUGUUUUUCUUUUCAGUAUGAAUCCCCCAACUUCUUGGCCUAAACACUUUGAUGUGGUAACCUUUAUAGCAUUUUCAUUUGCCCUAACAACUGCAUGCCAAAGCUGUUCCAUCACUAUCACGGGUUUAAUUAUGCUGACAUUCUGGGCUUCAAAGCACAUUAACGUUCACUGUGUACACCACACCUUCUCCGGGGUGACAUGCAGAUGGCUGGUAACUGUAAGAAAAAUAUUAUUAUGCCCUGGGUGCCAAUAGUAUGGCAGUGCCCCAGACUUGGACGAUACCAUAGUCUCAAUUUAAUAGUCUGAAAAGCUGAGCUGAUCAUUUGAGUUGAAUCCAUUUCUAAAGAUACAAUUUUAAUUGUUAUGUUGUAUUUAGUCGUAAUUUGGACUAAACUAAAUGCAGACAUUAAUUACUCUGCAAGUUUUAGGGAAGGGAGUUCUGGCAAUGAUCACAUAUUCAUCCUAAAGCAAUGCCUAGAGCUGGCAAAGUGCUGUUCUACACCUUGUCUGCACACUUUUCACCAUGGUCUCAGGAAGAGGGGGACAUUCUCAAAUGGCAGUUACGUUGAUGAUGCCAUUUGUUAGGAUGGGGAUGCCAUUUCUUCGUUGAUUUUUUUAAAAAAAGCUUUAGAAAUUCUUCAUAUUUAGUCACUUUGUAAGAUUCUCCUACAAUUUGGCCUCACGCAAAACGCUAGUCUGCAUGAUCAAGUCACGUCAAAAACCUAAGGACCAUUCACACACACACACGUGCAGUAGCCCAUUGGCAGAUGUUUAAAAACCUAUAGAUCAAAGUCUCAAUAUCCUAUUUGAAAAUGUUUAAAAACCUAUAGAGCAAAGUCACAAAAGACCAUUGGCAGAUGUUUAAAAACCUAUAGAGCACAAUAUCACAUUUGCAGAAAACCUAUAGAGCAAAGUCACAAUAUCCCAUUGGAAGAUGUUUAAAAACCUAUAGAGCAAAGUCACAAUAUCCCAUUGGAAGAUGUUUAUAAACCUAUAGAGCAAAGUCACAAUACCCAUUGGUAGAUGUUUAAAAACCUAUAGAGCAAAGUCACAAUAGCCCAUUGGAAGAUGUUUAAAAACCUAUAGAGCAAAGUCACAAUACCCAUUGGUAGAUGUUUAAAAACCUAUAGAGCAAAGUCACAAUAGCCCAUUGGAAGAUGUUUAAAAACCUAUAGAGCAAAGUCACAAUAUCCCAUUGGAAGAUGUUUAAAAAACUCUAGAGCAAAGUCACAAUAGCCCAUUGGAAGAUGUUUAAAACCUAUAGAGAAAUGUCACAAUAGCCCAUUGGAAGAUGUUUAAAAACCUAUAGAGCAAAGUCACAAUAUCCCAUUUGAAGAUGUUUAAAAAGAUGUAGAGCAAAGUCACAAAAGAUGAUAUUGAAAUGUUGACAUCCAAAUGGAGAUCCCUAUGGAGCCAGGUCUCAACAAAUGACAUUGGGAAUGUUAUGACAUUUAGAAUGUUGACACCCAAGUAGAGAUCAAACAAGCUGAGCAUCCACACAAAGAUGAGAAUUUAAAAAGAAGUUAUUCUUGAUUGAAUGUCACCAAGCUCACUUCCCAGGAUGGACUUCUCAAGAAAAGCAAACCUGCAGGAGACCAAAAGAAACCUGGGUCAGGAUAUUAGAAAAAUAACUUGAGAUUACAGACGCAUCCGCAAAACUUGGAUUCCUUUGGCGUUGUCUUAACACCAGUCGGCAAGCAAGAAGUGAAUUAACAGACGGCUCGGCAGAAGCUUCAUUCUUUUGGUGUUGUCUUAGCACCAGUCGGCAAGGAGUGAAUUAAUGAAAAUACAUUCUUACUCGUCAUUUGACUGUUUUUUAGCCCUGACUUCAUCCCUGCAUCUAUCUUAACAUUUCUUCAUCCUGUCAUUGAUAUGUCGCUUGAAUAUAAUCAAAAAAUCAUAUUUGUCAUUUUUAGAUAAAAAUAUAUAUUUCUCCCUUUCCGCCAAAGUUCAUUCAUAAAUUAUGGCUCUUUUUACUGCUUAUGUUGUAACUAAAGUGUUGAUAAAAGUGAUUUCAAAAUAAUUUCACAAAUUUCAUUCUGGGUGAAAAUGUUAUUUUUUUAAAAACAAUUUUUAUAAUUUAAAAUAAAGAAAAUGUUUAACUUCAGGUUUUGGGAAAAUUCUAUUAACUAAAUAACUUUUUUUAUUAGUGAUAUCAUUUUGUUUUUUAAAGAAAUAAUAGGAUUUAUAUGAUUAUUAUAUGUUGUGAAUAUAAAAGUAAUCAUCAAUGAGUUGUAAACGUAAUUUACUAACACGGUCAGUGUAGUAUGUAUUAACAUUGUCAUUUUAGUAUGUAUUAUAAAAUACAAAGUAGCAAGUGUAGGCAAGUGUCGGUAGGGUAAGAGAUUUGUUGGCUUUGUCUUGUGAGACUGGUUUCUCAAUAUGACUUUUAAGAUUGCCAUAUAUAUGUUAAUAUUACCUUUUAAAACAUUUAUACCAACUAUUUACAAUGGGAAAAUUUGUAUGGUAUCUUGCGGUCCUAAAACUUUUUCAGUGGCCAAAACUAUUGCUUCUAUUUAACCUAUCCAACUGCAUUAAAUUUUCUCUUCUCCUAAGUCUAUAUAACACUAAUUCAUUUGUCAGUCAAAUUUUUCUUAAAUAUUUAAUGACCAGAAACAGGGUUCACUUCAAUACCAUUGUCAACUUGUUUCUGUGCAUGCCUUUUUUUUUUUUAAUCUGUGUCAAAUACUUCCAUGAUUUUAUUUAUAACUUAUAGAUAUCUUGAAAAUAAUAUUCUGCUGUCUGUUCAGAAAUAGUUACAAAUCAAUUAAAAUUCAUUUGUCAGUCAAAUUUUUCUUAAAUAUUUAAUGACCAGAAACAGGGUUCACUUCAAUACCAUUGUCAACUUGUUUCUGUGCAUGCCUUUUUUUUUAAUCUGUGUCAAAUACUUCCAUGAUUUUAUUUAUAACUUAAAGAUAUCUUGAAAAUAAUAGUCUGCUGUCUGUUCAGAAAUAGUUACAAAUGAAUUAUGGAAACAGCCACACAGCAACCAAGCUCCAAAACUGUAUUUCAAGCACAUGAGACUAUCCUAUAUUUGUAGAAUGUGUCUGAGCUUGUCAAUAGUGACAGUUUCUGGGCUGCAUUUCAAGCUUAAAUUGCUUUCUAUAAAUAGCAUUGUUGGUUGUUGGAGAACUGUGCAUAGUGUGGUGGUGGGAACUGCACCUUGACCUUGGCCAGAAAGCUUAGGGUUAAGGUGUUUGAGCUAAAGUGAUCACACCCCAGACAUUGGUGGUAUUCUAAAUUUGAAUUAGGUUCAUGGUGAUAAAAGCCACAACUAGAUCAUUAUAUAGUCUUCAGUUUAUAUCACUAUCUUAUCACAUCAUUAAAUCUAUUGCACUAUUUAUAUAAUUUUUUUUUUUAAUUAGAAAAUUUUAACGAGAUUAUGUUUCAAAAUAAAUUAUGUGUAUAUAAAUAUGCUCCUUGACUUCACUGAAAGUCUGUGUGUGUUGUUCCACAGGUUGUGUGAAGGUCUGCCCAGGACAGCUAACAUCAGUGAGAAGGCUGGCGUCCUUAGAAGUGACAGUGUGGUUGAGGCUCAGGAGAAAGAAGAAGAAAUUGUCUAAGUGAUGUGAGUCCUGGACUUGACUUGGCCCAUCAUGAGGAUUACAAUGUGUCCUAUCCAGAGACAGAUGUUGACAUUUUCCAUUUUUAUAUCUCAAUCUCAAUGUUUGAAAUCCUGGACACUGAAGGAACAUAGUUUUACUCUCCUGUGGCCCUGUGAUGCCUCCCAGCUGUCAUUGAAAUAUGUAUAGGCUUGCUAGCAGGUGAUAAGAAUAUGAAGCACUGCUCUUACGGGACUGGAGAAAUAUACAGUUAUAAAUAUGUAAAAAUUAAAUCUUAUAAAGAGGGCUUGGUAUUUACAAAGAGGGUGUUAAAAGGGUGUUUACAUUUUGUGUCUUUGUGUUAAUGAUCUGUUUUUAUAGUGGACACUUUCAUCCAUUGAAUGUUUUAUCUACGUUUGGCCAACAGUUGGCAUGUUAACCUUUAUCAUUCCAGGUUGAUUGUUGUUUUGGUGACAUGUGGCAGUGUCAGCCAAUGUGACAUUGAAUGUUAUAAUGUGGCAGUGUCAGUCAAUGUGACAUUUAUCUCAUUUCACAAUCUUGAAGUAAUUAUAGGUUUGGUGGGGAAAAAUUUUUGAAGUGAAAUUAAUUUUAUUUGACAAAUUAAAUUAUGAAAAUUGCCAAGUUUUAAAAAUUUUGUUGAAGUUUAUGUUGACGUAAUUAUUUACAUAUUUUUGUGCUUUCUAUAUUCACUGAACAUUCAAUGACGUCCAUUUAUUGUGGGAUUUCGUAGAUUUAUAUACUAAUAUACAGUAUGCAUUGUUAAUCGUCCUCACAUUUGUCAACGGAAUAUUGAUUAAAUUAAGCAGCCAUUCUAAUAAAUGAAAAACAGAAGAAUGUACAUGUAUGCAUACAUUUACUCAUACUAAUAGUGUGUAUAUUUUCUAGGGAAAUGAAAAAUGAUAGGUAAAAAAAAAAAAGAAAACUAUAUCACCUUUAAUACUAAAGUUAACAUAGGCCCUGUAUCCUCAAAGUAAUAUAAACUCUUACAAAUAUUCAUUGAUUUUUGUUUGUAUUAAAUGAUCACUAAAAGGUUUGCACAAAGAGAUUCAACUAUAAUACACAUUUUUUGUAAUAUCUGUCCCCACCACUAGUUGACAAACUAUUAUAGUUUUCACAUGUUCCUGGUUUUGUUUCUGGGAUUCUAUCGGAUUAGGUUCCUUCUGCUUCUCUUGACUAUCACAUAUUAUAGAAUUUGAUAUUACUUAGACUACCGCUGCCAGACUACCUACACAUCAUAACAUUAUGCCAUUAAAAGGAAUGCAGCGCAUACAGUAUCUAUAUGUGAUUUAUGAUGUCUAUUCACUCUCUGUCAUGGAUUCCAAUAUCCGAAAGUAAGAUUCAAAUAAACGGGGGGGAAAAAACAUCGAUAAUUUCAUGAUUUUGAAAUAGUCUCAUUGAUUCUAUGAAGCUGCAGAGUCUAUUAACCAGUGAAAAUAAUAAACAGGCCACGCUGCACUUCAUUGUCUCUCUGCUAGAUGGUGCUUUAAACCACUCCCAGCUCAAUUAAGAUUUGCCAGCUGUCAUAAUACAAUAAUUUUGUUGUACUAUCAAACUGUUACAUGCAUAUUUUCUUGUUGUGAUAUUUAAGUAUUUUGCUGCCAAGAACUUGAAUUCAAAUGGAGCAUUUCAUGUUAUGGCAUAAUCUAUAUUUAUACUGGUUGGCCGCCAUCUGAGUCCCUUGGUGGUGAGGAGAUAUUCGUUCAGCAUCUCUUCAAAAGCUGCUGUUAAUUCAGAGCAGUCAUUUAGACCAAAAAAUUUCCAGCAUCAAUUUGAUUCAUUUUUAUUCAUUCUUUUAAGUAAGCAUUUACCCUAAAAGUGUAGUUUUUCAAUAAUUCGAUACAUUUUUCUUCAAACACAUUUAAAGAAGCUUUCUGUUCACCCUUUAGCGACAAAUACCUUACUGCUAGCUUAAAACUAGGACACAAUAUGCUUUGUUUACUAUUUCCCAGAAAAUGUGUUAAACUGCCAGGGAUUGUAGAUAGGGGAGCAUUCAUGUCUAUCAAGGACUAAGAUUAUAGUUUUGUGUACAGGGUACUUAUAACUCACGUGCUUUGGUUUAAAAGCAUCAUUUAGCUGACUUAACAUAUAAAUAUAUGAAUACAUAUUAUAUUGAGCUAUUUCUUGCAGAUUUCAUCUAUUCUCACUUCACUUCCUUGUAACCUAUAAAACUUGAAGCACUUUUCUUGAAACAUGCACUGUUCAGACAUCUGCUUGCCACUCACAAAGGGACACUGUUGGCUGCUGGGCCACAUAAUUCUGCUUUACAUUUACACACAUUUUUAUAUCAAUCAACUUAUUAUUGUGGGAAGAUAUUCGUUUGAUUUUAUACUUGGUUUUGUGUCAUGUCAUUAGUUCUAUUGAAGGCCCUUAUUGUAAAUGGACCUAUUCGAUUUCCUGUUCAACUGUGUGGACCGCUAUACCAUAAUCUUUAUGGGCUUUAUUUUAUAUCUUACAUUGUUCAUAGUGCGUUCAUUUAGUGGGGCAAUCAUUUAAAACAUAUUUCAUAUGAAUAGCCAUUAUAAACAUACAGUUGUGAAAACACCAAACAAGAAGUGACGCCAUCCAUUCUGGUUUAUGCUGUCAGACAUGUGUCUGAGCUGAUUGGGCUGUCAAACAUUUACAGUCAUCUUUGGAUUGCAUGGCAAAACACAGAACAUGGCUGUGUAGCACUGAGUUCACAUGCAAAACAAGAUGUAAGUGGAAGCUGUCCUCAACCCACUUGGAAAAUGGGAGUUUUAAAAUAAUACCUCUUGGACUAAUCAAAUAUAAUUUAAAUCAAAUUUAGUUUACGAUUAGUGUCAGAAAUUCAAACUUUAUUGAUUCGAACUUGUCAUGUACUCGUGAAUUUGUAUUUUAGUCUUAGAUUUUGCAUUAACUGGUGGCAGUUCAUGUUGACUGGUGAAUGAGCUGUGGCGUAUUGUCACGUGUUCACUAAUGGAUUUGACCCACUGCAUUGUCUUAAAGGACUUGAGAACAAACUGAUUAGACAUCAUUGAAUGAACAUGUGUGUGCUGCAAGGUUUCUUUUGGUGUGUUCAGUUUCAGCUUUGUAUCAGCCAAUAUUUUUAUAUUUAUUUUUUUGCUUUUAUAUUUUAUUAUAAACAUAUGACACUAAUAAUGCUAAAAGGUUGAUAUUAAUAUUAGUAAUUUUGCGUUCUAAUUUUAACUUAAGAAUUUUUUUCAUUAGUUCACCUAGUGCAGGAGAGUUUCUAUAGAUGGUUGUGUUCAAAUCCACAGAUAUUAAAAUGCCAUACAAACUUGACGGGUCAUAGAGGCUGUCAUACAUUCUUGAGUUAAAUUUAAAAUCUUCACUCUUUAAUGUGUUGAUUUAGGUGUCUGUUGAAAGACUACGAAAAUCAAUACAAUUGUGGCAUUAUGAAUUGUUGAACAAGACUAUGUCGCUGUAUCUCAGUGCUUCUCAAAGUUGUUGGAUUCAAGGCCCCUGUCAGACUAAAGCUACCUCAGAGGCCAACCCUCGUUAACUACGGCAACACUUGGCUGUGGUCACCAGCGCCCACUUGCACCUGAGAACCUCUGCUUCAGCUCAGGUUCGAGACAAGUCGAGAUAAACUCUUAGAAACUAAGUGACUUUUUGAAGGACACACUUUUGGUAUUAGCCAUGGUGCGGUAGACUUUCUCAAUGCCCAUUUAGGACAUGACUUUUGCGGGCUCCAAUGUCUGGGCACAGGGUACACCAAGGGUACACCAAGUCCUCUCAUGUGUCCAUCAUUUAAUGUGUCUGAUUGUUAUAAGAUAAUAUGAUGUGUUCCCCUGAUUACAACCCAUGAGAGUGAGUGCCAUGACGGGAAUGAGCCAACUGACAGAACAUAAUCAUAAUAAUACCACCAACCAAUGUUAUGGAGUUAUUUUGAAGUCUACGGAUUAUUCAUCUGUUGAAUGUUUGUUGAUAACUCAAGAAUUCACCUUGAAAUAUGCAAAGUUUUGUAUUGUUGGCUGUGAGACUCGAACAAGUAAAAGCUCUGAUGUACAUUGGAUUUAUCCUCUGAACUUCUUUAUUCUAUGUUAUUUUACUCAAGUGGGUUCAAAAUAAAACUAUAUUUGACGUCCAAAAC